UUCUGGAAAGGGCACACCCCUGAGUAGGGGAGGAUAAAACCUGCGGCUUUCCAAACCCCAGCUCAGCACCGCUCCAGCCUCUGCACAGAGCUGAGCCGCAGGACGUAUCGGGAGCACAAACCGGAUCGCGCACCGGGAGCAGAGAUGCUUUGCCGCCUGCACUUCAUGCCACCCACAUCCAGCUCCUUGUUCCCAUGGCUGGGACCCGUCCGUACCCUCUGGCCGCAUCCAGGUACCCUCUUUGCUGAGCUGGAGCGAGAGCUGCGCCUGGAGAUGGAGAGAGCUCGGGAAUUCAUGAGCAGCUUCGAGCAGUUCAUGAGCAGCCCCAGCCGGCUCGGCAUCGCCGCGGAGCGAGCCCCGAGCGCUGCCCUGACCCAGAGCUCCGGAGAAGGCUUCUCCGUUUGCCAGGACGUGAAGGACUUUGCGCCUGAGCAGCUGUCGGUGAAGGUGGUGGGCAGGAAGGUGGUGUUGGUGGGGCAGAAGGAGACGCAGAACACGGAUGAGAAGGGCUCCUUCUCCUACAAGUAUGAGGUGCUCAAGCGGGAGUGGGACGUGCCCGAGGAGGUGGACGCCGAGGCGCUGACCUGCUCCCUGUCCAAGGAGGGUCAGCUUCGCAUCGAAGCCCCCAAGCUGGCUCUGCCGGCCGUCCCGGAGAGGAACGUCCCCAUCCAGAUGGGGCCGGUGGUGGCACAGCCGGGAGCCAGCGCCGACGACGGAAGCGAGAGGGCCAAGGCGUGACGGGGAACGCAACGGGGCCAGGCUGAGCCCGGCUGCCAGGGCAAAGCGGGAUCGUGCCGGGGACUGCACAGCGGUGUGGUGGUGGGGUCUCUGCCCAAAACAUGUAGCUUUU